UUAUUUAUACGGAGUCAUUAUUAAUUGCAUAAUAAUUUAACUCACUCCAACAAAAAUCAUAAAUCCCAUGAAUUAUUACUGCUCAAGUGCCCAAACCAAAAGCAAAAGGAAGAAAAGAAAAACUGAGAAAAGCUUGCUGAGAAGCAAAGAAGAAGAAAAGCUUCUUCUCAUUAUCAAAUCCCGCUGUGCCCACUGCCCUGUACUGAACUUUCACCUUUCCCCCAUUGCAAUCCAUCUUUCACGUGCUUCUUGCCUGUUUGUUUCUGUACUCUAUAUGUACUGUGUAUGCAAAUUCCAAUAAUUACUCUCUAAAGAAGCUAUUUUUAAUUUUGUUUCAUGGUUUGAUCUACCGAUCUCUACAUUUCUUGAUCUGUUCAAGUGCUGGCAGAUCCGGUUCUGCUAUUAGACUUCCGAGCUCGAGAAUUAUCAGAAUUUGAAGGGGGUUCUGUUGGUUUCCGAAUUUGCGAUCUCCAGAGCAUUAGAGCUGAAAGCUUGCUGUGUCUUUGCUGACGGUAAGUGAAAGAACACAGCUGAAUAAUUCUUGAACCGCGAAAGUUCUUUACUUAUAACACAAACUGUCGACGAAUUGUGCAGCUGAAGAGUUAGCAGUUUGUAGUGGUUUUUGUGUUUAGGGCAUGGAUCGUUAUUUCCACAGCCAAAUUGUGAUUCUUGUGUAUUUGAGUUCCAAGCUGUGAUUUGAGCUUUAUUGGGAACUACUAUUUGGGAAUUGAUUGAUUGCCACCUUAAGCUUGGAAGUCUCUAAAAUGGUGUGGUUGUUGAUAUGGAGAUUUUGAGGAGCUCCACAUUGCUUACAGCAGUAGAUUUGGUUGGUGGAGUGGAAUCCUGAUUCAUGAAGUGUACAUGGGUUGAGUAAUUAGGUACUAAAGUUUGGUUAAAUCCUUGUUCAUGAGGCAGGCACCUUGGAGGAAUUUAAUUUUUCCAUUAGUUAUUGGUUUUGUUGAACCUGGACACUGCUGAAUGCCUCCUUCACCUGCAAUGAGACCUUCCCCCGGAAGGGGAAGACCCAAGACAGAGAAUCACAAUAGAGGCCGGAGCCUAGAGAAUGGGGUAGUUUUCCAGGAGAAAGUUGAUGACCUUGCGCUGUUUAAUGAGGUGCAAAGCAGAGAGAGAGAUAAUUUCUUGCUUGACACCAAAGAUGAAUUUGAAGACAUAUGCUCAACUAAGCUUAGAUGCUUUUCGGAGUACAAACUUGGGAUAUCCAUUCCCGCUCGCGGAGAGAGCAGCAGUGAACUGCUUAAUGAAGAGGGAGACAAGAAUGAUUAUGACUGGUUAUUAACUCCACCGGACACUCCUCUUUUUCCUUCAUUGGAUGAUGAGACACCACCAGUCAAUGCUCAACAGAGGGGAAGACCUCGAAGUCAGCCCAUUUCAAUCUCCAGAUCAGCCACUAUGGAGAUGAGCUAUAGAAGUAGCAGAGGUAGUGCUAGUCCAAACCGCUUAAGCCCUUCUCCCCGGUCUUCCAGUAAUAACACAGCAAAUCAUCAGAUAAUGAGACGCAGGCCAUCUUCUUCACCCUCUCGUUCAAGCCCCCCACCAACCUCACGACAUGCCACUCCUCCAAGGAGACCAACUCCCCACUCUCCGCCCCAUAAACUCUCAACACCUCCUUUAAACUCAUCUUCACCAACUCCUAGAAGAUUGAGCACAGGUUCAAGGGUGAGGGGUACAUCCCCUGUUAAGUCAAAUAGAGGAAAUUCUGCAUCACCUAAGAUUAGGGCACCACAGUCUAAUAUUCUUCAUGGAUUUUCAUUGGAGGCACCUCCUAACCUUCGCACUUCCUUGGCCGACCGCCCAACGUCAUACGUUAGGGGUUCCUCACCGGCUUCAGGAAAUGGAUCCAGCAGAAGAUCAUCAAAGUCCCCAGCUAGAAGUAUCAGUUCAACAUAUAGUCAUGACCGUGUUAGAUCUCAUAGUAAAUGUUCAAUUGCAUCAUCUGGUGAUGAUGACACGGAAUCGUUACAAUCAAUUCAUGUGAGCAGUUUGGACCCUUUGAGUCAUAGAAGCAUUGGCGGGGCACUUCAACAAAAUAAAGCUAUGGGUCUAAACAAGAAGACAGCUAGAAUACUUUCUUCGAGCUCUGCUCCAAAGAGGUCCAUUGACUCGACACUUCGCCAAAUGGAUCAGCGGAAAAGUCCACAUAAUAUGUUCAGGCCGCUGUUAUCAAGUGUACCUAGCUCAACAUUCUAUUCAGGAAAAGCAAGUGCUGCACAGCGUUCCCUUGGAUCUCUACAUUCUUCAGUCACAACCAGCAGUAAUGCUAGCUCUGAUCAAGGUAUGGGUAGUGUAGCACAUGACACCGAAGACAGUGAACAAAACCAGGCCAUAACUAGUGAACAUGCACGGUCAUUGUAUCAUGAUUCCGAAGUAGUGUUUACUCUAGAUAGUGUUGACACUCUAGACCUUGUAGAUAUUGAUAAGAAGAAUGCUGUCUCAACUAGCUGCUUGUUUGAUAAACUAGAUGGUGAUCGCCCACAUGUAGUUGACCUUGUUGCUCAAGAAUCUUUCAGUGUAGUGGAAAAAGAAAUGACACAACUAGAAACUCUUGUAGUUUGUUCCAGAUGCAGUAAGAAGUACCUCCCUUCCAUCAGAUCCACUGAAGAGGAUCCCAAACUUUGCCUUGACUGCAAAAGUUCGGAAGCUCAACAAAGUUUGAGGUCUUCCUCGCUAAACAAAUCGCUAGUCCUCAAUGACUCUCUGGAAGUUUUGGCUAGUCACCAUGAAGAGGAGGCUUAUAGUUACUGCGAAAAUCCGUCUGAAGUGCCAGGCUGGGACUUGACUUCCAACAAGUCCAUUGAUCAGACACACCAAUUGAAUAGUAACUUGAUCGUUAGUAGGUCUGACGGUGGUGGUGAUUCUGGAUAUCAACAACUGAGGACUAUCGGUCACAGCUCCAGUGCAAAUGUUGAUGUUCUUCCGGAGGGUGCAGGUAUUUCUCUGCUACUGAAAAGGUCUGGCAGUUACAAAGGGCAUAUUGUUCAAAACAGGACACUUAGUGCCACUAGCAUAGCUUAUGAUGAUCUAUCAUAUGUGCGUGACAGUGUGAGCAGUAUGAGAAGCUCGUUUGGGCAUGGCAGUGGAACUGCCUCAUCAUCUUCAGUUGACUUUGGGUCAAAUCAGCAAAUCGAGAUCGGUACUCAGCGGCAAUCCUAUGGUGGUAGGAAAUUGGAGAUGGAAAAUUAUCGGCAUGAAAUUGAUACAAAACUUCAACGUUCAAUCUCAUCUACAUCAAGCCAAGCUCUGCGACCUUCAAGUCUUGCAACAAGCUCGUCGCUGGAGGAGGUUGGUAUAACUGCUUCCCAAACUGAAAAAGAUGCUGAGGUCACACGUGUCGAUCCAGAAGAACCAUAUUUGGGCUUUGUAAAUGCAGAAGCGGACUUGUUACUCAGUAAAGAUAAGAGUGAAAGUGUUUGUAGAAUCUCCUCAAAUCUAACAAGCAUCCACGCAGAUGAAGCUGCACAUUUCGAGUGUAAUUUUUCUGAGAAUGAUUACAUCUUACCAAACUCUGAUAAUUCCUUAGACAUGAAUCCUUCUGGCAUGGAGUCUGUACCAUCUGCUGUUAAAGAAGAUGUUACAAAUUAUUGUGUCGACAAUUUGCAUCAGACUGAGAUUCCUGAGCAAGACAGAGCGGAUACAAAAUGUGGAUCGGAAAGUCAGAAUGGUGGUAUAUGCUCUAAUCAUUUGCGGUCUGAUAGUAGUUCAGUAAGCAGUACACAUGAAGUGAAGGAGUGUGCUUUACAUGCAGCAACUGACAGUGAAAUUAGAUCUUCAUUUGAAGUACAAGACACAUGUCAUAAAUAUGAGGAAUCAACUGUUGUCCUCGAGGGGCGACCAGGAUUCAAAACAAGAAGCCUGACAUUAGAAGAAGCAACAGAUACGAUACUGUUUUGCAGCUCCAUUGUCCACAAUCUGGCAUAUAAUGCCGCAGAUAUAGCAAUUGGCAAGGAAAAUUCUUGCAUGCCAACUGUUACUAUUGGUGGCAGCAAAGCUAGUCCAGAGAGAAGAAAUUUGCGGAGUAGAACAGCUGCCAGAUGCAACUCCAGAUCAUCAUCUCAGCAAAAAGUCAAACCAAAGUUGAUGGAACCUGAAACAAAACCUCUUCCAAACAACACUGACAGUGAUGAGUCAACCGAAAAAUCAAAUGCUCGUAUUGUUGGAGCUCCUCCUAGUAAGGUUGAAGCCAUGAAGCCGCCUCUUAAACUGGAGUCCAAAUGCAACUGCACAGUCAUGUGAGUCAACUACCUUCACACCAUUGUUGCUCAGCUUUUCCACAUUAUUGGAGCUAAUUUGCAGAAGGUGCUGAUGAUGCUAAGCGGAUAUUUAUCAAUUGUUUUUGGUUUGUUUGUUGGGUCCAAUUGAAUUUAAAGAUGAUUCAGUAACAUAAUCAUUGUAAAGUUUUUUCAGAUCUUAUUAGGCUGAUAAAUAGCAAGGCGCUGGAGGUUCUGGGAUGCCCCAAUGGCCUAUAUUCUUGUUACUUCUCACUUGUAUGUGGUUUGUAGUGUUCCACUAGAGAGCAAAGUAUGUAUUCUUUUGUUGUUGCACUCUCACGUUAUAAUGAAUCUCUAGGUAAAUUUUUGUACUGUUUAUCCUUU